AUGAACAUUUCCAAGUACAGAACAGUUGAAGAGUUCGUUCUUCUUGGGCUGACCAGCCAGAGGAACAUUCUUAUAGUGCUAUUUGUUGUAUUUUUAUCUUGUUACAUUAUAUCAUUGACUGGUAACAUAGUCAUCAUUACUCUCAGCAGAAUAAGCUCCCGGCUACACACUCCUAUGUAUUUCUUCUUGAGUAAUUUGUCAUUUUUGGACAUCUGGUUCACAUCAAGUAUUGCUCCAAAAAUGCUUAUUAAUUUCUUGUCCGUGCGAAAAAGCAUAUCUUUUAACGGUUGUGUCGCUCAGAUGUUUAUUUCUCUCUCUCUAGGAGGUACUGAGUGCUACCUUUUGUUAUCCAUGGCCUAUGACCGGUAUGUAGCGAUAUGUGCCCCAUUACAUUACACUAAUAUUAUGCAUCCUGUCUUGUGUAUUAAGAUGGCAAUCUGCUCAUGGAUUGGGGGCAUAGUAAACUCACUUAUACACACAGUCUUUGCAAUGCAAUUGCCCUAUUGUGGUCCUAAUGUAAUAAAUCACUUUUUCUGUGAGGUCCCUUCAGUGCUGGAGUUGGCCUGUGCAGACACUUCUCUUAAUAAGACUGUUAUUUUCUUUUUUGCUAUAGUAGUAGUGAUGGGUCCAUUUUUUCUUAUCCUCAUUACAUAUGGUUUCAUCAUCUCCAGCAUAUUGAAGAUAAGCACAUCUUCAGGACGGAAGAAGGCCUUCUCUACCUGUGCUUCACACGUUACAGUCGUGUCCCUGUUUUAUGGCACCAUCAUAUUCAUAUAUAUGAGACCUGGGUCAACCCAUGUAACCAACCAAGACAAAAUGGCCACCUUGUUUUAUACUGUCGUAACUCCGGUGUUUAAUCCUUUAAUAUAUACUUUGAGGAACAAGGAUGUGAUAGGAGCAUUCAGAGACAUCACAAGAAAAAAAUUUGUGUCACACGAACUUGGAAAGUAA